AUGACUAUAAUUAAGUCCUACCUUGGGAAAUAUUCGGAUCUCUUUAAGAAAACUCAAAGUGAAUUGCUCCAAAUUGAAGUGAGAGAAGCAGAUGACUUAUCUCAACUCAGCCAGUUCUUUGAUAGAAUAAGAAAAGAACUUGACUCUAAAGAAGAACUUCUUAAGGCUAAGUACAAAAGUAUGGUGAACUCUUAUGAAAUUUCGCUCAGCAUGGACUUGGAGUUCCUUGAAACUAAAUGAAGACACUUAUGAGAAGUUAUUGACUCAAACUCUCAAAAAUUAAAAACUUUUACGAAAAUGAAACCAAACAGUUCUGAAGAAAUCAUGAACAGUUACAACCUAGAGUCAAUCUUAUUGAAAGAAAAAGCAGGGACUUAUAAGCUCUCGCACAAAGACUUUACUGUUCAAGCUGAGACUUCAUUCCAGUUCCCAACUGUAGAAUGUAACUUCAGAAAAGUGAGAGAUCUCAUCAAUGAAAUCAAUGUGAUUUCUCACUCAAAUCCUGAGUGUUCCAACUCCAGUCGAGAAACCUUAGGAAGUGCGAAGAAGCUGGAGAAUACUAGCAAAGGUCCAGAUACAGACUGCAAAACUCACUACAGUGUUAGACUAGAUGUUGAGCACAUGGAUAAAAAUGAGAGUUUGGAAAUUUCUGCUGAAAAUAAGAGGAAAUACAUUAGACACUAAUUUACUUCUAGGGCCUAAUCAAAUAAUCAAUAUUAUUAGGAAUGAGGGGAAAAAAGCCUAAACUCUCAUUGCU